UUACACUUGUUUCCCCCCAUUUCCCUCCAACCCCGGACACCCCGCACACGUACGAACAGGCCACAAAUCCUCAAAUAUCGGACAGCGCAGGGAUCGAACGCAGAGGAAAUCCAAAAUCCAAAAUCCGAUCCCCUCGAACCAAAGAAUUCGAAGCGCGCAGGCGGGCACACGCCCCAAAUGCGCCGGCGGACGACGCGCGCCGCCGCAGAAGCAGCACGGCGCCGAUGAGUCGCGCCCCUCCGGACGCCGCCGGCGACCUCUUCGCCGCCAACCUCAAGGGCUCCCUCCUCGCCGUCGCCUCCUCCGCGUUCAUCGGGGUCAGCUUCAUUGUCAAGAAGAAGGGGCUCCGCCGCGCCGGCGCCGCCGGCCCCCGCGCAGGUGUUGGAGGCUAUGGAUACCUCUUGGAGCCUCUCUGGUGGGUUGGAAUGAUUACAAUGCUCAUUGGUGAGAUUGCAAAUUUCGUGGCUUACAUGUUCGCACCGGCUGUUCUGGUUACUCCCCUCGGCGCUCUCAGCAUAAUUGUUAGUGCUGUUCUAGCCCAUUUCAUCCUGAAUGAGAAGCUGCAACGGAUGGGAGUGCUGGGCUGCGUGCUCUGUAUAGUCGGAUCAACAGUGAUCAUCCUUCAUGCUCCUGAAGAGGAGACACCGAGCUCAGUGGAGCAGAUUUGGCACCUGGCGACACAACCUGCCUUUCUUUGCUAUGUGGCCUUUGCACUGGUGGUCUCACUGAUCUUGAUGGCGCAUUGUGCUCCCCGCUAUGGGCAGACCAACAUAGCAGUGUAUAUAGGAAUAUGCUCUGUGAUUGGAUCUCUGACGGUAAUGAGCAUAAAGGCAGUUGGUAUUGCAAUCAAGCUUACAAUUGAGGGCAUAAACCAGGCUGGCUAUUUCCAAACUUGGUUAUUUGCAACUGUUUCAGCUAUAUGCAUAAUUAUCCAGUUAAUUUACCUGAACAAGGCACUGGACACUUUCAAUACCGCAGUUGUGUCCCCCAUCUAUUAUGCGAUGUUUACAUCCCUCACUAUUUUAGCAAGUGCCAUAAUGUUCAAGGAUUGGUCUGGACAGAGUAUAAGCAGUAUUGCUUCUGAGAUCUGUGGAUUUCUUACUGUGCUUUCUGGUACCGUUGUAUUGCAUUCUACAAGAGAAUAUGAUCAAACUAUUUCUCCAGACCUUUAUACUCCUCUUCCCCCAAUAUACUGGCAUAUCCAAGGGAACGGUGAGACGGUGAAACAAAAAGAGGAUGAUUCACUCUCUGCUGACUUCAUCACCGUGGUGCGACAAGAUUACUUUGUCUAAAGAAUAGAGACCGUCCUGAAUGCUCGGUAAUCUCCUCAAUAUCGUCUUUCAGCAGUGACAAGACCAAAUCAACUGCAAAUUGUAGGAUUGUAGGAUUAGCUCGUGCAUGAUCAUGCUGCAUCCAAGCCAACACCCUCCAAAGGAGCAUCGAAGCAGCCUGGCUUUUUUUUGCCCAUUUGCACGAAACAAGGUCUUCUGCUUGUUUAUCAAGGUGGUGUGACAUGAUCUGUUAUGUGUAUCUGUUCCUUUGAUUCGAGGAGCAAGUUUAUGAGGCUGCUCUUGCUAGUUUGACGGAUGUUUUUUUGGCUUUUAGUUUUUGAGGUUUGUCUGUUGAUGCAUGUAUAUUGUACAGUCUAAAUGAAUGUAAGAAGCUAGAUCUACCCUCUUUCGGUGAGGUUGAAACCAUUCAUGUAGCCUACUAGCGGUUGCUCACCAUAUUAGCGCUGCAGAGUGUGAAACUCUGCUGUUACAGUUCACAUUGGCAUAGCAUUGAGAGUCUUGGUAUUUACUUACAGUGCACAUUAGCUCUUUAAGCUUUUCUGCUGCUGUCCUAUUCAACUCCUGACAUGUAAUAAUUACUGUUCCCGUGCAAAUAUUGCUGAAACUUGAAAUGGUUA